AUGUUUAUAAGUAAGUCGAGGGUCUGUGGCGGGAGUGAUCAGUGUCAACAAGAGCGUCUGAGACCUGAAGAUUUUCCUAUAUUUAUUGCUUAAUAAUGGCUAACUUGGAGCAGGAUCCCAUGUUGCAGGAUGAUGAUCCUGCAAUGCGUGAGGUGGGAGCAAUGUCAUCUGAUGACAUCAUUUCCAGGACACGUCUUUUGGAAAAUGAAAUUCGUAUUAUGCGCCUUGAACAAACAAGAAUAACACACGAGAUCCAAAACCAGCGAGACAAAAUUAGAGAAAACUCGGAAAAGAUCAAGGUCAACAAGACGCUGCCGUACCUGGUGUCUAACGUCAUAGAGAUUUUGGAUGUUGAUCCCAAUGAGUAUGGUGAAGAAGAUGGUGCUAAUGUAGACUUGGACUCUCAGCGCAAGGGCAAAUGUGCAGUUAUUAAGACCUCUACACGCCAAACAUAUUUCCUCCCUGUUAUUGGCCUUGUAGAUGCUGAGACACUGAAGCCUGGAGACUUAGUGGGUGUCAACAAAGAUUCUUAUCUUAUCCUUGAAACUUUGCCAGCCGAGUAUGACUCUCGUGUCAAGGCUAUGGAAGUAGAUGAACGUCCAACAGAACAAUACAGUGAUAUUGGUGGAUUAGAUAAACAGAUCCAAGAACUGAUUGAAGCUGUUGUCCUACCUGUCACCCAUAAGGAACGCUUUGAAAAUCUAGGUAUCCAGCCCCCUAAAGGAGUUCUGUUAUAUGGACCUCCUGGCACUGGAAAGACCCUUCUGGCUCGAGCAUGUGCAGCACAGACCAAGUCAACUUUCCUUAAGCUGGCUGGACCACAGUUAGUUCAGAUGUUUAUUGGUGAUGGUGCAAAGCUCGUUCGGGAUGCCUUUGCCCUUGCAAAGGAAAAAGCUCCAGCCAUCAUCUUCAUUGACGAACUUGAUGCAAUUGGUACAAAACGUUUUGACAGUGAGAAGGCUGGAGAUCGUGAGGUACAGCGUACUAUGUUAGAACUGCUCAAUCAGUUGGAUGGCUUCUCAUCUACCACAGAUAUUAAGGUUAUUGCAGCCACCAACCGUGUUGAUAUCCUUGACCCAGCUCUUCUACGUUCUGGUCGUUUGGAUAGGAAAAUAGAGUUUCCACAUCCUAACGAAGAGGCUCGUGCCCGUAUUAUGCAGAUUCAUUCUCGUAAAAUGAACAUCUCAUCGUGUGUCAACUUUGAAGAAUUAGCAAGGUCUACAGAUGACUUCAAUGGUGCACAAUGUAAAGCAGUUUGUGUAGAGGCGGGUAUGAUAGCAUUGCGUCGUCAAGCAACUACAGUGACACACGAAGAUUUUAUGGAUGCCAUCAUGGAAGUUCAAGCCAAGAAGAAAGCUAAUCUUAAUUACUAUGCAUAGAGUUCUUUAUCAUAUUUUAUUUUGCAUAAAAAUUUAACCCAUAAAUGUUAAUACCAUUAUUUAUUCAUAAUUUUUCAUUUAUAUACAUGUAAUACUGUAAUGUUUUGGAACAGGAUGUCUUUAAAUGUACUAAAAACAAUAAAACAAAAUGCCUUAUAA